AUGGACGAGCCACAGGAACCCAGAGACGAGGAUUUUCUCGUUCAGCCCUGCAAAUACGAAUAUUUGGACCACACGGCUGACGUGCAGCUACACUCGUGGGGCGAGACGAUGGAGGAAGCUUUCGAGCAGUGCGCCAUGGCCAUGUUCGGCUACAUGACGGAUCUCAAGCGCGUCGAGGUCAAGCAGGUUCACAUCGUCGAGGCCGAGGGCGAAGACAUGAUGAGCUUACUCUACCACUUCCUUGACGAGCUCCUCUUCGUGUUCAGCGCCGAGCCUUUUCUCAUACCCAAGGUCGUGAAAAUCGUCGAGUUCGACCGGGACAAUUUCAAGAUCAAAGCUCGAGCCUGCGGUGAGGAGUUUCAAAUCGGCAAGCACAGCCAGGGCACCGAGGUUAAAGCCAUCACCUACUCCGCCAUGCAGAUACACGACAGACCGGAAGUCGAGCGGCCAGAGAUCUUCGUUAUAAUAGACAUAUGA